AUGCCUAAAACUUUGAACCAGAGGAAAGAUAUGUAUAAUGACUGUGCUAACAAAUACGAUCCAGGACCAGAACAGUAUGUUAAUGAAGGCAUCAUGAAAGAAAUAGAACAAGACUUUCGCGUGCUACCAACCUUCGAAAAGGGCUUGUACGAGCGACUCCGCAUGAAACAUCUCUCUUUGUUACACAAUGAGAAACUGAGCUGUUGUUGGCAGAAAUACAAGGACUGCCUGGAAACUAAGAAAUAUGAGCCCUACUGCUUUCCUAAAAUCACAGAUCUUCACUACUACCGAUAUGCUGUAGAAUUCAUGCCGAGUGAGAAUCAUUGGCAAUUUGACACUAGACUAAAACUAAGUCCCGGCCCCGGAGUAGACGAGUUCGGCCAGAAACCGAUACCUCAAGAGUUAAUGAUGAAAAGAAGCGGAGGUACCAAGUGUACCAAGGAUACCGCAGUUAAGAGGAAGAAAAAUACUGCAAAACCAAAAAAGAAGACUGUUAGUACUUCUACUUAGAGACAGUAUUCCCCAAUGAAGAUAGCAGGACCUAAAUCAUUCCAUAACAACGAAAAUUCUCGGACUUUUCGUCAGCGUCCGACCGUGCUCUCGCUCGCUGUGGCGACAUAUUGGGCUGACAAACUGUAGUGUCAUUGUAAGACAUGUCAUCGACAUCAAAGAAGAAGAACAACAACGAAACUUAUAGGUACUAUCGUUUCUGAUCAAAUGUACUGAAAUAGAUCAAACUCAAAAACUUUUCGAACGUCAAAAACAAAAGGCAAUCCACAAAACGCCCACCCUUCACCACUUCCUAUGUAUUUUCUGGGAAGUAGAAUCGAAACUAACACCCUGGGAUUUUUAAUUUUCUCCGCUCAUAUAUCUAGGUAUGAGUAGGUAGUAUUCUGGCUGAGUGGGCGGAGACUUCUCCGUUUUACUAAUGUUUGGCCAUGAUUUCAAUACAUUUGAUUAGAAAAGAUGGUAAGUUUUGUUGAUUCCGAAAUGAUACUACUACUACUUCAAAUAUUUUUUUCUCUCUGUAUCUGAUCUGGCUCUUAGUUCCAAGGUGAUUAAUUUUUUAAUGAUUUGUUUAACGUCCAGAAUAGGCUUAUUUGUAAUAAUU